GACUUUCCUCAUGAGGGGAAAUGAAAGCGGGAAAAGCAGGCCAACAAGGGCUUCCCCUUCGAGGCCAAGGGGAAAAAAUGCUCCUAUCAGUUCCCUCCAGCAGCUGGAAAGCUUUUUCACACAGAGGUCUCCUCCUCCUCCUCCCCGUCGAAGCGAGUGAAUGGAGGGAGGGAAGCGAGUCUGACUGAGGGGGAGAGAAGGAAGCCAGCCAGGCAGGCGACGCCAUGUCCUCCCCCAAGAAAGGCUUCCACCGCCAGGAGAUCACCAAGACGGUGUGGGAGGUCAGGGAGCGCUACCGGGAGCUGCAGGCGGUGGGCUCCGGAGCCUAUGGCGCCGUUUGCUCAGCUACUGACAGGAAAAGUGGAACUAAAGUGGCUAUCAAGAAGUUGUACCGUCCGUUUCAAUCGGAUCUUUUUGCCAAACGAGCCUACCGGGAAUUGCGGCUCCUCAAACACAUGAAGCAUGAAAACGUAAUUGGAUUACUGGAUGUUUUCACCCCAGAUCCAUCACUGGAUAAAUUUAAUGACUUCUACCUUGUCAUGCCAUUUAUGGGAACAGACUUGAGUAAAAUAAUGAAGCAUGAAAAGUUAACUGAAGAUAGAAUCCAGUUCCUAGUCUAUCAAAUGUUAAAGGGCCUAAAGUAUAUUCAUUCAUCAGGCAUAAUUCAUCGGGACCUAAAACCUGGAAACCUAGCAGUAAAUGAAGACUGCGAACUGAAGAUUUUGGAUUUUGGCCUAGCAAGACAUACAGAUAGUGAGAUGACUGGCUACGUGGUCACCAGGUGGUACAGAGCCCCAGAGGUUAUACUGAAUUGGAUGCAUUAUACACAAACAGUUGACAUCUGGUCAGUGGGUUGCAUAAUGGCUGAGAUGAUAACUGGAAGGCCACUCUUCAAAGGCAACGAUCAUUUGGACCAGCUCACAGAAAUUAUGAAAGUUACAGGCACACCAACUCAAGAUUUUGUUCAGAAACUACAAAGCCAAGAUGCAAAAAAUUACAUCAAAAGCCUUCCAAAAGUGCAGAAGAAAGACUUUGCUGCCAUCUUGAAGUACACAAAUCCUUUAGCAGUAAACCUUUUGGAAAAGAUGUUGGUAUUAGAUGCAGAGAAGAGGAUAUCAGCCGCAGACGCUUUAGCCCAUCCUUACUUUGAGGCUAUUCAUGAUCCGGAAGAGGAAACCGAAGCUGAAAAGUACGAUGAGACUUUUGAUAACAUGGAUCUACCCCUGGAUGAAUGGAAAUGUAUCACGUAUAAAGAAGUGAUAAAUUUUAACCCUCCGCCAACACCAGAGUCAAAAGAAACAGCAGUGUAACCACAAGGACUUUUUUUUCUCCGAUAUCAGAUGAACAGACUAGAGUGUAAAGUGUUUUUAUAUAUGUGUGUAUAUAUAAUUUAAUUGUACAAAUGUUUUAUAAAUAAACUGGAUGUUAUCUGUUUUAAUCUGGAUUGUAAAAAAAA